UGUCAAGUUAUAACGAAACAUUAAUCUUACUUUAUGCAUCAACAAUAUAUGUAAUAUUUUUAUUAUUCCAAAAUGAUAGUUUUCGAUAGUGUAAAGAAGAAGCAUCUUUGUAUUUGUUUUACACUUCUUUUAAAGUUGAACUCAGUGAUAUCUGGCACAGUUAAAGCUAUUAAAACCAAUUUAGAAGUUCCAGUUAAUCAAACUGCUCAAUUGCAGUGGAGAGUUGUACCUGACGUUGGGGAAGAAAUAGCUGCACUGAAGGUGUUUGAUCUUGAAUCUCACAAAGUUCCAUUAGUGCUAGCCACAACGUUGGCAUCAGACAUAACAACUGCUGGUAAAGCAAUGUUUGGUAAUCGAUUAUUUGGAAGCUUGUCAAAUGACGUAUAUACACUAUCUAUCAAGAAAAUCAAAUUUAAUGAGAAAAAGUCUUUUAAGUUAGACGUUAUAUUCAUAUCACAAUCAGAAGGUUAUGUGAAAAGUGCAACACUGGUUAUAAAGGAGGUAGUGGGUGGUCCUGAAGCUUGUGGGAUUUCACUAAACACAAAUUAUGCUGUAAACGAGGGUAAACAGUUGUCUGUUACCACCGAAGUUUGUGGAAAUCCGAAACCUGUUUUAACUUGGAAAUUACAAAAAGAAUUGGAGUAUUCAUACUCUACCGAAGUUGCGCCAGUGAAUAUCUCAAUCAUGCGAUACAGAUAUGUUUAUAAAACUCGACGUCUCGUGACACGUGCAGAUUGUGGAACAAAGCUAGUUUUCAAUGCGACUGGUGCGAAUGGAAUGAUCAAGGGAGAGACACUAAUAGACGUAACAUUGAAAAGAUUGGAUACGAAGAAAUUAGUUUUAGCAAUAAUUAUAGCGCUUGUGGUCACGCAAGUAGCCAAUAUAUGUAUUUAUGGAGUUGAGAAGUACAGAGGUGCUGAGACUAACUGCUAAAAUAAGCAAAGCGUAAAAAAGAACGACGAAAACGAAGAUAGACAAGAGUACGAAGUAUUUCCUACAACUGAAUCUCAUUAUACAGGUCUUCAAUUAGAAGCAAGAAAAGAAAUUGUUUAUGCCGAUUUCUCACGAUAAACAGUCAAUAACUGUUCAGAAAUUGGAACAGAAAGAAGGUCAAAACAAUUUUAGCACACUGUGUUCUUCUGUAGAAGCACAUUAAGGCGUCUUUUUUAAACAAUUUUGCGUCCUUUUCGUCAAGAAAGGCACCGAUUCCUAUCCAAUUUUAUUGAUUUUCGUGAUGCAAGAAGAGAAUAAAUAAGUUAACAUCAGAAAAGUUACCAUACCUAUAUAAAAGGAUAUAUGGACGUUUUAUUGUCAUUAUAACCUAGUUUGACUAUUUUAAAGUUUAUGCUACAUUUUCAAUGUAUGGCGUAACCUUAAAUUGAUCUAUUUCAAAUAUUUCGCAAAGCCUUUUUUUUCGCG